AUGCAGCAGCAGCUGCUGCUUAGCAGCAAAACUAGACGCAAGGGCAACGUCAAUGCGCAGCAGCAGCAACAGCUGGCCACAGCAACAGCAACAGAAACAGCAGCACCAGCAGCAGCACCAGACCAGCAGCAGCAUCAGACCGCAGCAGCACCAGCAGCAGCAUCAGACCAGCAGCAGCACCAGCAGCAGCACCAGACCAGCAGCAGCAUCAGACCAGCAGCGGCACCAGCUGCAGCACCAGACCAGCAGCAGCAUCAAACAAGCAGCAGCACCAGCAUCAGACCAGCAGCAGCACCAGCGGCAGCACCAGACCAGCAGCAGCACUAA